AUGACGGAAAAUGUAAUUAUUGAUCAUGAUGGGAUACGUGAUUUUAUAGAAACUCGUUAUGUUGGACCAGUAGAAGCUACUUGGCGUAUUCUUGAAAAAAAGCUACAAGAUAAAAGUCAUACUAUUAUGCGUUUACCUGUGCAUCUUCCUAACGAACAAAAUGUUAUAAUUGAAAAUGAAGCCAUUGAAGAAGCAAUGAUUUCUGCUUUAAAUCAAGUUACGAUGUUAAUUGAUUAUUUUUCAUUAAAUUUUCGCGAUGAAGAAGCACGAAAAUAUUUAUAUGUAGAGAUUCCACGCUAUUAUACGUUUAAGAAAGAGAAAAUUAAUGGAAGAAAUGUAUCACAUUGGGUUAAACGUAAAAGUCAUUAUAAUUGUAUAGGACGAAUGUAUUCCGUUAGUCCAACACAAACAGAAUUAUUUCAUUUACGACUAUUAUUACUCACUGUAAAGGGAGCUAAGAGUUUUAAUGAUUUAAGAAUUGUAAAUGGAGAAGUAUGUCAAUCAUUUUCAACAGCAUGUUUAGCAUUAGGUUUGAUUGAAAAUGAUGAUGAAUGGAGACGAGCGAUGAAUGAAGCUGUUGGAUGGAUGAUGCCUAGACAACUUCGUAGAUUAUUUGUACGUAUAUUAUUACAUUGUCAACCACUGCAUCCUGAAGAACUUUGGGAAAAUUUUAAAGUAGCAAUGUCAGAAGAUUAUAUACGACACUUUGGAAUAUUACAAGGACAACAGAAAGCUUAUGCACAAAUUGGUGUUUUGCUUUCUGCUGAGGGUAAAAGUUUCACUGAUUUUCCACAAAUGGAACAAUUGAUAGAAAAUUAUGAGGAAAAUUAUGUAAUACUUGAAGAAGCUAUGGAAAUUGGUACGAAACAAUAUAAACAGUUAAAUAACAAGCAGAAAGAAAUAGUAGAUUUUAUAUUAAAUAGAUUAGAUAAUAUUAAUCACAAUAGUAAUUGCUUUUAUAUCGAUGGUCCAGGUGGUUCAGGUAUUGCAGCAACGUUAUUACCAGCAGGAAAAACGGUUCAUAAAACUUUUGGCUUACCAGUUCCAUUAUUUGCUGAUUCAUCAUCUAGCAUUAAAAUCCAAUCCAAAGAAGCUCAAUAUUUAAAAGAAACUGAUAUUUUUAUUUGGGAUGAAGCGCCAAUGGCACCACGAUAUGCUAUAGAAAUUAUGGAUCGAACAUUGCGUGACAUCAUGAAUAAUAAUUUACCUUUUGGUGGAAAAAUUAUCAUAUUAGGUGGUGAUUUUAGACAACUUCUUCCUAUUAAAAUACAUGGUACUCGAAGUGAAAUCGUGAAUCUUUCCAUCAAGUUUAGUUACGCUUGGAAAUACUUUCUUCCAGAUAAUUGUAUUACAUCUAUAAAUAACAAUAUUGCAGAAGAUAUAUAUGGUGAUCUAAUACGAAAUAAAGAAUUUAAUAAAAUGGCGAAUUGUGCAAUACUUUCUGCAAGAAAUAAAGAUGUAGAUGAAAUUAAUAAACAAGUUGUCGAAUUAUUAGAUACAUUAGAAGAACGAAUUUAUACAAGUAUAGAUAGUACUCAAAAUUGUAACGAUGAGAUUAAUGAAGUUAUACUGCCAGAAUAUUUAAAUAGUUUAUCUCCAUCAUCUCUUCCUCCUUAUGAAUUACGUUUAAAACCAAAUUGUAUCAUUAUGUUGAUAAGAAAUCUAAGUAUCUAA